GUUCCUGGUGCAGUGGUGGGUCUCAAACUGUCUCCAUCAAAUGGCACUAAUGAGAGGGUAUCCCUCACGUGGAGCCCACCUCUGAGACCGAAUGGAGUCCUCGUUGCCUACGAGGUGUCCUACAGACCAACAGACUCCUCCCAGCCCCACCACACCAGACACAACACCACCCACCUGGCUACCAGUUUCACUACAGGAGACCUGGAGAUGGGGACAGAGUACAAUCUCUCAGUGAGGGCCUAUACCAGUGCUGGCCCUGGACAAAGUUCAUCUGUGGUUGUCUCUACCAUUGACAGCAGGCCAUCUGUGGUCCACGACACAACGGUGACAUCACUGACAGCUGGAAAGCCAACAAGCAAUGUUAGCAAGCUGACACCAGUGCCCGGGAUUGUGCCAUAUGAGACAACAUCGCCUCAUAUAGAAAUAGCAAACACAACUUCAAAGACAGAAUUGGCGCCCAAGACUGGACUUUAUGAGACAGCUUCGUCUACAGUAGCAUCAUCCAAGGCGGUAGGCCCUGAUAGCACAGUUCCUGAUACAGAGAGCCAGGCUCAAUCCACUAUACUGGCGGUUGGAGGCGUCUUAGCAGUGUUUGGAAUAAUAGCGGUGACUGCUGGAACCAUCGCUGCAUGCGUCAAAGUUAGAACUGAAAGAUCUACCCCAAAGGCUAAAAAUAUAGCGACAGAAGAAAAUCCUGCCUACGCAUCAGUGAGUUGGAAUAAAAAGAGACCUUCUCAUGAGGCCAAUACUGAUGUGAAGACAGAAGACAAUCCAGCCUACGUCACAACAUGUCGUGGUCGCAAUGCUGAAGUUUCUGCUGCAAAUAAGCCGGCAUCGGGUGACCCAGAAGAAGUUGUGUACGAAAUGAUC